ACAAAAAAAUAAAAAAUAAAAAAAGUACCAAUUAACCAUCAAUAAAAGUUUACGUCGUUUUUUUCUACUCAAUUACAUGGACAACCCUAACAGAAGGAAUCAUCAUCAAGACCAACAAGAGAAGGACAACGAAGGCCGAGCGGGCAGCAGAGAAGAGGCCGUGAGAUAUCGGGGCGUCCGGAGGCGGCCGUGGGGAAAGUUUGCGGCGGAGAUAAGAGACCCUUCGCGGCAAGGAGCUCGGCUAUGGCUUGGCACGUUUGACACUGCCGAGGAAGCUGCCAGGGCCUAUGAUAGGGCAGCGUUUAACUUUCGAGGUCAUCUUGCUAUACUUAACUUCCCUAAUGAGUACUAUUCUAGGGUCAUGGGUUCUCCCCCUUAUCCUCCUCACAUAUCAUUUUCUGGUUCUGCUUCUGCUUCUACUUUUGCGCCUUCUAGUUCUGGUUCUGCCGCUUCUUCUGUUGGCCGCUUGCAGAGGGGCUUCGAGAGGGGAGAUUCGUCGAGAUCGUCGCCGCCGGUGGCCGCUCCACAGGAGGUUUUUGAGAUUGAGUACUUGGAUGACAAAGUUUUGGAGGAGCUUCUUGAUUCGGAAAAGGAGAAGAAAAAAUGAUAUCUGAAACCUUUAUUUUCCAUCAGUUUCUUCUUA